AUUGUUAGGUGAUACAUAUGGUAUAGUAUUAUGCGAUAUAUACAGAAUUAACAUUAUUUAUAAUUUCUGGUAGCCAUAUUCAUCCUGUAUGUUUAACAUCCAACAUGGGCGUUUCUUUUGUCGUCUGCAAAGUGUCAAAUACUUUGCGCACAACAAAAAUGCUCAGAACCAGUGAUACUUUUUAGCUGUUCAGAAAAGUUAAAAAGUCGUUCAUGAUUCUUACCAUUGCCAAACGCUUUGGAGUGAACGUACGACAUAUACUUGUUCAAGAAAAUUGUAAUUUUACUCGGUGUUGGCUAUGACUCAGUACCAAAGGGCAUCUUUUCAAGGUAUUGCGACUUUCGAAUAAUUAAGUUAACAUCGAAGGAGAUAAAGUACAUGGCCUCUGUGAGAUUGAAAAUUACAAUUUCAUUCGUCAAAAUAAUAUGAACCCCAUUUAAACUGACAUUAAAUUGCUGCUAUAAAAUGAGAAGGUUAUGCUUGAUCGUAAAACGAAAAUUACGAUAUUAAAGUGUUUUUAAAUAAUACAAUUAUUUGCUGCACACGAAUAAUACGAAGUCGCAAAUCCUGAGUGAGCAUAUAUUGUUGGCUUAAGAUGUAUCUAAUAUGAGAAAAGUGGAUUGACUUAUUUGGUAUCAGAAUCAGCUGAUUCCUACAUUGACAAAGGAUCCCUGAUACUUUCGAUGUUUAACGAAUGAAGAAUUGAAUUAUCUGAUGUCGAAAAUAGUGAUAUAUGAAGGAUAUACAUAUAUAUCAUAUUUUUGAACAUAUAGUUUCUUCGUUAUUCUAAAAAGAUAAAGAUUGAAAGAUGUCAGGAAACAAUUCUGCUACAGUAGGUACACUUAGAGGUGGUAAUCUACAAAAUCGUAAUUCUCAAAGAUCUACACUUUUAAAAGUGGUGAUUCUGGGUGAUGGUGGUGUUGGCAAAUCUUGUCUUAUGAAUAGAUUUGUAUCGAAUCACUUUGAUGAACAUAGUUUUCAUACAAUUGGAGUAGAAUUUUUAAACAAGGAUAUUGAUAUUAAUGGAGAGGCAUAUACAUUGCAAAUAUGGGAUACAGCUGGACAAGAAAGAUUUAAGACCCUUAGAACUCCGUUCUAUAGAGGCUCUGAUAUUUGCCUUUUAACAUAUGCGGUAGAUGAUAGAACAAGUUUUAAAAAUUUAGCACUUUGGAGAUCUGAAUUCCUUUAUUAUGCUGAUGUUCAAGAAGGAUCGACAUUUCCAUUUAUAGUUGUUGGGAACAAAGUGGAUGUUCCAGAUUCUGAGAAACAAGUUUCUACGGAAGAAGCUCAAGCUUGGUGUGCAGAAAAUGGGGACCCUCCAUUAGUAGAAACAUCUGCAAAGGAUGCAACCAAUGUUGAAGCAGCAUUUGGUGCAGCUGUUGCUGCUUGGGCACAACUUGAAGCUAGACUAGAAAGACCAUUAGUAGAAGAUACUGUUGAUCUUUCAAAACAACAAUCUCCUCAUCGUUCAAGUUGUUGUAUGCCUGUGUCUGGUGCUGAGUCUAACAAAAUUAUUUGAAGAGAUUUCUUGCCUGUCUGCAAUACUUUCCUCAUAAUAAGGUGAAUUUUAAUGCUGAAAGUAGUUUUUGUCUAUUUUAUUUUUAGUGACACUAAGUGUUUCUUCCGUUGCCAAUGUGAACGUAUAUAGAUAUUUUUAUAAAUUCAUAUGAUUUUAUUUAUUCUUACAAACAUUUUUCAGUUUCGUUAAAAUAUGCAAAUUGAAGUUAUAUUUACGCGGAAAAAAAUAAUACUUUAUGGUUGAUAUUUCCAGAAUACAACUGUAAACUGUAAGGUCAAAUUGAACGUCCUGCUCGUAUCACGCUUUGUGCAGUUCGCGAGCUACAGACAGUAUUUUAAGUAUUUCAGACAUUAUUGGCUUGUGAUAAAAUAAUAAUAGUAAUAACCAUGAUCAUCAACUGCUUUACAAAUAAGGAAUAGAUAUAAAAUGUAAUUUAGCUUUGUAAUCUAAAUUUGCCUUAUCUUCGCAGCACAAACUAAGGGCAGUGGUAGUAAUAUAUAUUUAUCACAAAAUCCUCUGAAUCAUCUUUAUAUAUACAUAUAUAUAUAUAUAUAUGAUUUUGAAAUAUCUACACUAUAAAAAAACAUACUCUGCUGCUCUUGGAAUGUCCUGCAAUCGGUGUUUAAAGAUUUUCCUACAAAGUGAAUAAUAUUAUAAACACAUCAAAUAAAGCUUUUUGUACAACCUUGUACGUAUAAAACGUAUGAACGCAUUUCUAAAGCACUGUAACUUACUUAAAAGCUACCUAACACUUUAGCGAUGCUUUACAUACAGGAAAUAAAUAAUAUAUAAUAUUAUUAUAAUUUAAGUAUUAUUUUCAAUGACAAGGCUUGCAUUAAUUAUAAAUGUGACAUGCAUGCUGGUGCUUUUUGUAUAGCUACAUAUCGAAUAUAUAAAUUUGUGGCUUCUUAUUCAACAAUUUGUUGAUUUAAGUGCAAAAUAUACAUAUAUAUAUAUAAAAUUUAAUCAUAUCAAGGUGAAGACAUUUCACCAACUGUUAUAAUAUAAAAUAUCAGUUCUGUAUUACUUGAAUAUAUUUUACGUCAUCAGUACUACAUGAGUUUCAUUAAUAAUUUUAUAAAAAUAUUUUAUUCAAUUAUUUUAUUUAAUUAUUAUAUAUUGUCAGCCAAGAUUUUUACGGUAUGUCUUAAAUAUUAGUUAAUAUCUACAUUUUAUAAAUUUUACAAUCUAAAAAAUCGAUCUUGCAACAGAAACAAGAACAAAAAAAGUAGAGGAGCUCUGUGCUUCUUUAAAAAUGAUAAAAUAUAUUGGCAAAAUGUUUUUCUUGUAUUUCAUGUGAUAUUAUGUUAUAUUUUACAAAUAACAGUAGUUUAUGGACUACUUGGUAAUAAUACAAUCGUUGAUAACGUUAUAUUAUAACAAUACAUCAUGUAUGCAAUGUUCAAGAUAUCACUGCACACUUUUUUCCAAACGUUAAGAUUAAUUUAUAAAAUACAUUACAAUAAAAAAUUGAAAGUGGCCGUAUAAAAGUUUGGAGAAAAGUGUGCGUCCAUCUUACGAUACUUUCCUCAUUUAAACCUUUUAACAAUAUUUACAAAUUAGGUGCGCUAUGGCUAUCCAAAUCAAAGAUUUAACCUUCCAGUAUUUUUGUAUACAAAUUUGCAUUUUAUAGAUAUUUUUUAUUCAAUAAUAAUUAAGUCAUGCGCUAUUUUUCUCAACGAACAAUUGAAAAUUGCAUUCUAUAUGCAUAGGAAUAAAUUUAAACUGAGAACAUUUUCUUUAUAUAUUUGUGUAAAUACGAAUUUAGAAUAAUUAUAUUUCCUGCACACAUA